UUGUGUAUUUAUUUCUCGAUUGUCUUUCUAAACAUUUAAUUGUAAGGUAUAUUCAUACACAUACAAAUGGCUGGCCACAAUUACAUUACAUUCAAUUUGAAACGAUUUAUUCGAAGUUCAUCAAAUAUUGAUGAUAGCAAAAUACAGAAUAAACAAAAAAUAACUGAUAAAGUAAAUUUUCAAGGUGAUGAAGCAAAAAUUGCUUAUGAGGCUAUAAUUAAUGAAAAUAGUGAAUCAAAAACUAAGAAACAAUCUCAACAUGUCAAUAACAAGUUUAAAUCAGAACCAAAACAUUCCAAUGAGUUGAAGAAUAAAAUUAGAAAUGAGGCAAGAAAUCAAAAAAAUUUUACAGUUAAUAUAAAUAGUAUUUUCAAAUCGAUAGAACAAGGAGACUUAGAAUUUCUAAAUGAACAUCUAACCCCGGAAAAUGUAAAUAUUGUUGACAGUUUUGGUUGGACACCACUGAUGUCUGCAGCUUUUUGUGGCAAUACAGCAAUUAUUGAAUUUUUAUUGAAAUUAGGAGCUAAUAAAAACUGUAGAGAAAAGACUGGUCUAAGUGCUUUACAAUUAGCACAGAAAAACAAACAUAUUGCUGUGAUAAAAAUUUUGACAGCAAAAACUUCUAAACCAUCAAAUACUGUGGAAAAAACCAAUGAUGAAUUACUACAUGAUAAUAAUGAAUGCUUGGAGAAAUUUUAUUGUUCAACUUGUAAAACCAAUUUUCAAAAUACUACUGUGAAACAACAUAAUGCUUCUAUUCUUCAUAUUUUUAAUUUAAAGCCAGAAUUACCUGGUCCAGUUUAUGGAAUACCUAAACAAAAUAAAGGUUAUCAAAUAAUGGUGAACAAAGGAUGGAAUGAAAAGGAAGGUCUUGGUCCAUCAGGAUCAGGUGUAAAAUUCCCAAUAAAAACAAUUCUCAAGAGAGAUCGUAAAGGUUUAGGUAAUCGAUUGAAUAGCAAACCUAAAAUAACACACUUUGCUAGUGGCGAUUUAAAUGCUGUAAAAGACAUCAGAAGACCAAAAGUUGUAAAAGAAAAAAGCGAUUCACGGAAAAAAGAAUAUGAGAAAAUUCUCCGAAAAGAACGAAGGAAAGAGAUAGCUUUACGACAAGCUUUGAUGAUGAAAGAACAAAAACGAUUACUUGAAUAUCUUCAGACAGUUGAAGAAAAAGCCGGAGAAAUCUUAACUGAUAGACAAGAAAUUGUAGCUUUAGAUAAACGAAGGAAUGAUGACAGAGUUGGUAUGAGAGCUUUACAAAAGUCAUCUUACGAUAAAUGUUGGAUUACAAUGGGUCCUAUAAUAAUGAAGAUAUCAUCAAAGAAAGCUGAGGAAUUACUUGUACAAGAUCAACGAGAAUGUGAUGUUGCAAUAAAUAACUUACGAAGUGAUUUAAGAGUAAAAGUAAAUGAACUUCGUGAUUUGGAGCAUACUCCGCCAGUUCCAGGAUUAAUGCUAAAACCCUUGUCGCAUUCAGAAAUGACAGCGAUUAAUCAGUUAUGUGGUCGAUAAUGGAAAGCCAAAAAAAUGAUUUAAAUUAUUAUUUUAGAUAAAUUAUUAUUUUUCAUAUAAACUAAGUUGAAAGGAUUAAAAAUAAAUAAUUCAUUUAAUAUA